AUGUCAUUCCUGAACACUAAUAAAAUUGGUUAUCAUUAUUUUAAUGCAAAAAAUUCUUUCAUGUCUAAAGUAUCUGAAGAAAAAUUAAAAGAACUUAGAGAGUCAAUCCGGUCAACUAUUGAUUGGGGUGCUUACUCUAAGUGGAUUGCAGAAGGAGAGCCGUACGAGGAACACGAAGAAGUAUUAUUAUUUUUGAAUCAAAAGAAACAUGAAAGUGAAAUUGCUUACUCAAAACCAGAUGGAACCAGACGACAUAACCCUGACAGAGGAAGAGGAUAUUAUAAUGGAAGAACUUCUAACAGAGGUUCCAGAAAGACCGAUCAAAAGACCAGGAAAGCGAGCAAUCAUAUCACUCCAACCAAGGGAGCCAAAACCACCACCCGUAACAAUGGUCAACAUUGUAGUAAAGUCCCUAGAUCCAACGAAGUUUCCAAUCCAACAAAGAUACAUAACAAAAACGCUAAAUGA